GCGUAUUCACUUUCGCAAAUGAUUUAGGUUGAAGCUGAUCUAGUAUUCUGUUGCAGUAGUUGUACAGUGUUGCAUUAACAAUCAUAAUGUAUCGUCAGUGCUUAAACAAAUUGCAUCAAACUGUUAAGUUGCAACCCAUUGGAAACGCAUUGUGUGUGUGCAAUCGAAAAUUGACGCUUGACCCUCAGUCAGAACCAGCUGUGGAUCCAAUAACAAUUGAUAAACGUGACAAAGUUACCUUAAUUGGUUUGAAUCGACCUGGCUCACGGAAUGCAGUCAACAGAGACAUGGCACGUCAGCUCACAGUUGCUUUCCUUGCAUUCGAACAAGAUAAUUCAAGUAACGUUGCAGUUUUACAUGGAAAAGGUGAUCAUUUUUGUGCCGGUUAUGACUUAAAAGAACUUGCCCACUCUGAGUCAGGUAUCGAUGAAGAAACGAUGAAUCAUUUGCAUAACGUGCACGGAGCAAUGGGCUCUAAGUUUGUGUAUAGUAACCAGCAACGUUUUACUGAGGGCCCUACAAGACUGCACAUCAAAAAGCCAGUGAUUGCAGCAGUUAAUGGUUAUGGUGUUGCUGGAGGGUUAGAGCUUGCACUUCUCUGCGACCUCCGGGUCUUCGAGGAAUCCACCAUCGUCGGUGUCUUCAAUCGGAGAUUCGGAGUUCCUCUGGUUGAUGGGGGCACGGUUCGUCUCCCUGCUUUGGUUGGUCUCUCAAAUGCAUUAGACCUCAUUUUGACAGGGAGGGCUAUUGAUUCUGAGGAAGCAAUCAGGAUUGGACUUGCAAAUAGAGUGGUAAAGGAUGGCGAAGCGCUGUCGUUCGCUGUCGAGCUCGCGAAAGAGAUAUCUCACCAUCCACAGAUGAGUUUACGUGCGGACAGAGAUUCUGCUUAUAACGCUAUGUUCAACUCUACUUCGAAAAAGGAAUCGCUUGAUUACGAGAUGAACCACGCACUAGAUGUGGUUGCUCAUGAGUCCAUUGCUGGAGCAAAGCGAUUUAAGGACGGAGAAGGCAGACAAGGGGUGGCUAUUUAAAACAAGCUGUUCUGAUCUCCGACCCCCGCCGCCACUUAACGAUUAUUACCCUUUUUUUUGUAGAAUGUUAUUUUUCUAAUCCAGCCAGGGUGAUUUUCAUGCACACCAUGAGUUUCGGUUGCUUCUGCUGUCGCGUUUUGUUCGUAAUUUGUGUUAACCGCUGUGACGUUUUGUUGUUCCCCUUCGUUCCAAGUGUUAGCUUUUCUUUUCGUGUUCUAAAAGAACCCGGUCACAUUUUCAUACUGUGUAUAUACGAAUGCACUGCUGCUCUCCCCUAAGGAGCGGCGUACGACAGUUUUAUCAUCUUACCCGCAUUUCACCUGCCAAUGCCUAAUUGCUGCAAACGCACUUGUAUAUUUGACUUUCGUUGUCGCUGCAUUCCUGGGCCAUAGAUUUCAAGAUGUAUUGUCGUCAGUAAAGAUAUAUCGUGACAAUUAAAUUGUACCGGGACAAACAAGC